UGUGUCCUGCUGAUGGUUCUUCUGGGAGUGCAUUGCAUCGGUCGCAUAUGGGGAGUGUGGAUGACGGGAUGCUAUUUGGUGUGGAUCAUAAACAAAUGCAGAAUAUCGGCCAAAACACGGCAAUGCUAUCAUACUGGGUGGCUUUGGCCUACGAUGAACUUAGGGUAUCCAACUCUAGUAACGCUCCGCUGCUGGUCAGUUUUGCAGCGUCGUAUUCGCCGGCGGUGGAUUGGUUCUUUCUGGUGUGGAGCGGAAUGCUGGUGCUACUCAGCGGCGCACCACCUUUGCUGACGGUUACUGUGGAAGCCGUCAUCAUCGGCGGACUGAUAGCCAUUGGUCUGCUCGGUAUCGCUGCAGGCCUGGUAUUCGGCAUUCUGCUAAUCAUCUACCGGGUUGGGAUGGCCGCUGUCGACCGUGUCCGGUAUGGGAGAAGAAGCAAAUGCCGACGUAACGGCCACUGGUUCGAUCCUGAAGCGGACGAUCUGAGACGGGCCAUAGGUGCUCCCGGCCAGCCUGAUCAUAUUUGUUCGGAAUGCGGGGAAGAAUACUAUUGCGGUGCAACCGUAGAUGACAUUGAAGUAGCGGACGCAAAUGGCAGCAAUGCCACUGACAGCGUUGAGGGAUCACAGUUAUCCAUCAAGGAUAAUACGCUAGCGAAUCUUCCCGCGUCAGAGGAAGAAACUGAUGAACAGCAAAUUAGCCGCACUGGUCAGCAGGCGGCGCUGCCGGCGCUGAUGGAAUUUGUAUUGGUAGAUAUGAAAGCUGCAGAUACAGCGAUCGAUUGUGCCAGGAAGAGCGCCUGCCGGCCGUUCUGCGUGUGCUCAUUGUGGGCGUCUCUCCAGUGCGCCGGCAUUAUCAUUUUACGACCGUUUCUAUGCUGGCAAACUAUGCCCUUCACCGUGGUGGCGUUCUUUCUGCCGGAACGCGUUCAGCUACCUGGUGUGCUGCUACUGCUAACGGUGUACAUGCUGUGGAGGUACUGGGAGUUCAGCAGCGUAAUACGGCGGAAUUUGAAAGAGAAGAAAGCUGACGAAGCCGCGGUAAAACGUGCAGACAAUGAGAGCGAAUACAAAACGAAAGGCGAAAACGAAAAUCUGACGCUGGAUCCCGCAUCAUUUUGAAUCUCGCUUGCCCCGUUGGCCCACAGGUCCCGGCGUAAAGAGCGAUUUCAGCGGAAUAUAGUCUCAU